AUGUCCACAGAUUCUCCUAUGGAUGUGUCCAAGGGGGAUGGACCUGCCAUCGACGAGAAACCUGACAACCGCCGUGCUUCUGGUGCCAGACGGUCGCGUCGAAAGAAGGAUGACGAAGCCAGCACCGAGACUCCCCCAAAGCCUAAAAAAGAACCCAAAGAAAAGGCAGCUCGAGCUCCUCGUCGCCCAAGAGAAAAGUCUAACUCUACCGCUGCCUCUCGAAAGAAACCCAAGUUGGAGCAACCGGGGGAAGCCACACCCGCGGCACCUACGACCGCUCCUCUCCAAUCACAACCACCACCGCAAUCGCAAUCGCACUCACAAUCGCAAUCACAAGCCCAACUACAACCACAACCUCAACCUCAACCUCAGCUCCAACCUCAACUCCAAUCUCAACCCCAAUCUCAACCCCAAUCUCAACCCCAAUCUCAACCUGCUUUAACGCCUCCACAGCCCGCUCCUACUCCUGCUGCGCCUGCACCAGUGCCAUCUUAUACAAGCCCCCACACUGUAUCGGUCCCACCCAACUAUGCCUUGUCACAGCCAUAUCCACCAUCACAACAGACUCAACCUCCCCCGCAUCGCACAAGUGGUCAAAACUUUGACCCAAUUCGAUCCGCUUUUGAUAACCCUUCUCCAGCACCAGCCUAUAGCCCGCCACAUUCCAAAUCGCCACAGCUUAAUUAUCGUGCUAGCGCGUCCCCAGCGAUCUCCAGCAUCAUUGACCCACCCGCCCAAAAUGCCCGCAUAUACACUCCACUGCCACGCUCAUCGUCAGCCCAUGUCUCGGCCGUGUCCUCACCGGUGCCAACACCGACAUACCCAUCGUUAGGACCGUCAGGGCUACCUUCCUCAUCGUCGUCGCCAUCGCAUGGAACCGUCCAUGUACCACCAGCGUUGCAAUCCUCGAGCCACUAUAGCACUCCCUACCCGCCACCAGAGCAGCGUCCGGUCCAGUCACAGUCUCUUAAAUCAGAGCUGUCACCACCAGCCUUGCAGCCACAGCAGAAACUACAAUCCCAACUCCAGUUUCAGGCGCAGCCCCAGCAGCCGCAAACCCCAGCGCAGAAGUCUACUCUGCAACGGUCAACUUCGCAAACUGAUAUAGUGGAGGUUGACUCGAAACCGCAAAAGGAGGUGGUGCCGAGCGCAAAGAAAGAAAAGGGUGCAACCGGUCCGUCAUCGAAGGCUACAUCUCCCAAGCCGGCGCGCGCAGCCAAGGAACCCCCACAGCUCCCUCAAGGAUCAGGCUUAAUCACCAAUGCUCUGUUCGGGAUGGGAGGCGACGAUUCAUCCAAGUCACCCGAUUCGCGCAAUACACCAAAUAUCGUAGUGCACAUUCCCCUGUCCAAGGGGAACCAGAUCGUGAAUUUCGCGCAGCUCGCAGAGGAGCAGUACGGCUUUGCUGCCUUGCAUCCUCGUUUGGCGGCCCACAAAGAUCGUCUCGCUCGUGUAGCUGCCGCCGGUGCUGCUCUGGAGCGAAAUGAGAAGGGACUGACCGAAAGUGCGGAAGAGGAUCUAAGCCUCGAAGUAGAGCGUGACAGUGAUGUGGAUGGAGAUGUCACCAUGAGUGGUGCAGGAACUGGCACCAAUGGCGUGACUUCAGACGCCGGGGACGGAAAGAAGAAGAGACGUAAGAAGGUCGAGGAGUAUGACCGUGAUGAUCCCUUUGUCGAUGACACAGAGAUGGCAUGGCAGGAACAGGCUGCUGCUAGUAAAGAUGGAUUCUUUGUGUACAGUGGUCCAUUAGUUCCAGAGGGCGAGAAAAUCCAGGUGGAACGUGCGGAUGGUACCAUCAAGCGUGGCAGAGGCCGUGGCCGAGGUACGGGUCGUAGCAGAGCAUUGGCUUCUCAACCUCACAUCGCUAUCGCCGCCGCCGUGCCCAUUUCCCAAGACACCGGUCUACCUCUGCGUGGGCCCGGUUCCAGAGGAGGUACCUCGCGCAAGCCACGUGGAGCUAAGAAGGCCGAUCUGGCCGACAAAGGCACCCCUGACCGCAACGGCACAACUGCUUCUGCGUCACAGGAAGGCCGCAGUGGCCGUGCAGGAGGUGCUGCAGGAUCUAGCCGUGGGGGGAGUUCUGCCAGCACUCGGGGUGGCAAAUCAAGCUCGAUGAUGAGCAUGAUGGACAUGGUAUCAUCACCUCUUUCCAAUUCCACUACGAAUCUUAACCCUACUCCUGGGCUGAGUUCUGUAGCUGGACCAGAGCUGGUCAUGAAAUAA